AUGAAGUUAUUGAAGCCACCAAAGAAGUUGGAAAACUUGCUGUUAAUAAGAGAAGCAGGAGCUAAUAUUGCUUCUGGGGGAAUAACAGCACCCUUAAUUGGAAGCGGAGCAUACCUUAUCGGUAAAGGAAUUAAAGAAAUCUCCAAAGAAGAUGGUAAUGAAUUUUUAGAGGGGGUAGGAGAUUACGUUGAGAAUAUAGGACACGGUCUUACUGGUGGAUUAUUCGGACUAGGAACCUCAACAGCAGGACAAAGGAAAACUACCACCGCCAAAUGUUUGCUUAGGACCGUGAACACCAUGAUAGCCACCGACAAAGAGGUGUUAGUUAUGAUCGUGACUGCCCCAUAUGUCGAGGAGAUUGUUAAAAUUAUAUUUUGGUAA